AUGAUUCUUGUUUUAACUGUGUCUAUCGUUAGGCUACUGUCAUGUCCAUUUGUUUUGGGUGAUCUGCCUAUCCAUGCCUUGACGAAUGAGUUAGUUGGUAACUGGAAAGUAUAUUUGACUAAUACACAUUCUGAGAAGUUCUUGAAUUGUGGAGGAUCCAGUCCUAACAACAAUUCUAGCAAUUUGCAUCAUAGUUUAAAUGAUUACAAAAGGUUUUUGUUAGAUAAAUAUGGUAAAUUGACUGAAUAUGACGUCAAUUUCACGGUUGAACGAAGUGUCGAUCAUUCAUUGGUAUUUCCUAGAAAUAAAUGGAAAUUAUUGAACAUUUUAGAUCAAAAACAUAAUAUUAUAGGCCAUUGGACCAUGGUCUAUGACGUUGGAUUGAAUAUUAGAAUGUGUAAGAUAGAAGCAUUUGGAUAUUUAAGAUAUACUAAAGGGAACAAAGAUGAAUGUGUAGAUAGUGGAAAUGGUAAAAAUCGAUCUAAAGAUGAAUUUGAUUGUUAUAAAACUGAUCCAACCAAGAUACACAUAGGCUGGGCACGCCGUGAUAAUGGGACAUUUGAAUGUUUUUAUGGCGAAAAAAUCGGAAAUGUCGAAGGAAUGGGAGGAUCUACCGUGUUAUUUAAGAAUAUGAGUAUGGAUGAGAGAUUCAAAGUUUCUGGAGAUAAUGUGACUAUAAACAGUGAGGCGUCACAUAAGUAUCAUCUUUUCGGCAACCAAGUAUAUGCUUGCGGGCGUCCAUAUCCCAUGUUUAAAACAGAAUCAUUGCCAAAAAAUUGGAAAUGGUCUGAUCUAGAAUUAGAUUCAUCUGAAACUGGAAACCAAGGAGCAUGUGGAAGUUGUUACGCAUUGGCUUCCAUCUGGGCAAUUGAAAAGAGAUUUGAAAUUGGGUAUAAAAAAAUGAUGAAUAAAACGUAUAGGAUCGAGUUUGAUGUUAAUAGUUUGGUCAGAAAAUCGCCAUACAAUCAAGAAUGUAAAGGUGGAUAUCCAUUUUUAGUAGGAAAGGAUAUUAAAGAUUUUGGCAUUAAAGCAUUAAACCCUGUUUUUUCAGAUAGAUUCUAUGUCAAAGAUUACAAUUACGUGGGUGGAUGUUAUGAAUGUACCAAUGAAACUCUUAUGAUGCAUGAAAUAUACAAUUUUGGUCCAAUCGUAGCUGCUAUUAAUGCCGGACCUGAUUUUAUUUCUCAUAAAAAAGGAAUCUUUGAAGGAGAGACUGAAAUCGAGCGUAAACGUUUUUGCGAUUCCCCAGAUACAGGUUUAGGUGGCUGGGAAUUCACAAAUCAUGCCGUAGCUAUUAUAGGUUGGGGAGAAUCGGAAAAUGAUGGCAAAUAUUGGGUAAUUAAAAAUGAUUGGGGUGGAGAUUGGGGUGUAAAUGGGUAUGCGAAGGUAAGAAGGGGCAUAAAUUUGAAUGGUAUUGAGUCGCAAGCCAUUUAUUUUGAUCCUGAUUUUGAAAGUGGAGGAGGCAAUGAAAUUCUAACUAAAAAUAGCCGAAGUACGGUGCAUCGUACAUGA